GCCUUGCCCGGUUGCAAGAAAGCUCCGGAGGCAGCAGGAAAGCGGGGCAGAAACACGUGGUCACAUGAUGCCCGGCCCCGCCUUCCCUGUGCUCUCCCUCUUGCACCACCACCACCACCACCUCGAAGAACCGCCAUCAACAAGCCAACCAACUUAACUACUGUACUUAAGAUUAAGAGCUGCCGGCCAGUCAUCCGGGCCUUUCCCAAUCAUAUGGCUGGAAAAGCAGCCGCUCUCCUUUCUCGGCCAGCUGACUAGCUGCCCGCUGUCGUCAGGAGGGCGGCUCCCGGGUUCUGGCCUUCUAGGGGAUUUCCUGCUGCGGUUCGUCUCGAGCGACACGACGAAACUAAACUGCAAAUCAUGUGUUCAGGCCUGCAAGAGAACUAUGUGGCAGCGAUGGUCCUGAGUGCGGUUGGAGAUGCCCUGGGCUUUUACAAUGGCAAAUGGGAAUUUGAAACCGAUGGUGAGGAGAUUCACCAUCAGCUGGCUGCAAUGGGAGGUGUGGACAAGAUCAGUGUGGCGGACUGGAAGGUCAGCGAUGAUACCGUCAUGCAUUUGGCUACAGCCGAAGCCUUGGCAGCAGCUGGGCAAAACCCUAAUUUGACUCACCUGUAUUCUCUCAUUGCAAAGAACUACAAGGAUUGUAUGCGUGACAUGGAAGGGAGAGCUCCAGGUGGUACUUGCGUUCAAGGUGCACUGCAUCUGAAACCAGAAGUGCCAGAUGGCUGGAAAAUUCCCUUCAAUGCAAGAGGAGGAGGAUGUGGAGCCGCCAUGAGGUCAAUGUGUAUUGGACUGCGGUUUCGUCACCCGGAAGAGCUGGACAACUUGAUUGCGGUCAGCAUAGAGAGUGGCCGAAUGACUCACCACCAUCCAACAGGCUACCUUGGAUCCCUUGCUUCUGCACUGUUCACUUCUUAUGCUGUCAAUCGCAAGCCACCUCACGAGUGGGGGAAAGGGUUGAUGGAGGUGCUGCCAAUGGCUAAAGCUUAUAUUGAGAAGGCAGGCAGCUUUGUGGAAGAGAACUUGGAAGCAUGGAACUACUUUGAAAACCAGUGGAACAAGUACUUAGAAACCAGAGGCAUUUCAGAUGGGGUCUCUCCUCCUUCCUUCCCUGCAGUGUAUGGUGUGAAAGAGAGAGAUGAAUUCUAUACUUCUCUGAGUUUCUCUGGUUGGGGAGGCAGCAGUGGCCAUGAUGCUCCCAUGAUUGCUUACGAUGCUUACCUUGGUUCUGGGAAUUGGACUGAACUAGCCCAUAAGGGUUUCUUCCAUGGUGGGGAUAGCGACUCUACCGCGGCCAUUGCUGCAUGUUGGUGGGGAGCAAUGCAUGGUUUCAAAGGGGUCAGCACCACUAACUAUAAGAAACUGGAGUACAGAAACCGAUUGGAGAAAGUAGCUGGGGAACUCUAUCACCUCAGCAUGACUGCAGAGCGAUGAAAUGGCACUUGGGCAUUGGUAGGAUAAGAGCGGAGACAUAUAAUUCACUAAUAAGCUCUGCUACCGUUCAUCUUGAUCAAGGCUGCAACGUCUUAAAUCAGAGAUUUAAAUACAGUAAAAUAAAAGGGUUUUCUUACAA